UCAUAGUGUCAAACUCAAAUGUACUUUGGUUUUAUUGUUUAUAAAUUUAUUUUUAAUUUCAAAUACAUGUAACAUAAAUAGUUAUCCCAAGUCUAAUAACUAUUGUGCCUAAAAAAGAAGGUGCAUAACGCAGCCACAAUGAGUAUGAGACCUGACGACCAUCGGCGGAAAUGGGAUAAAGAUGAAUUCGAACGCAUCGCAGAGGAAAGAAUACAAGCAGAGUUAGAUGAAGAGGAAAGAUUAAAAAAGAAAGCUCCUACUGUUAAAAGAGAAUUACUAAAACAACGUGAAUACAAAGUUGAUUUGGACUCAAAAUUGGGUAAAAGUGUGGUAAUAACAAAAAACACACCCACCUCACAGUCAGGAGGGUACUACUGCAAUGUGUGCGACUGUGUUGUCAAAGAUUCCAUUAACUUCUUGGAUCAUAUCAAUGGCAAAAAGCACCAAAGGAAUCUUGGUAUGUCCAUGAAAAUUGAGAGGAGUACCUUAGAUCAGGUUAAAGCAAGAUUUGCACAUAACAAAAGAAAGUUGGAAGAAAAGAAAGAUGAAUACGAACUUGACACUCGACUCAAAGAGGCAGCAGAAGAAGAGGCCCGACUGAAAGAACUGCGUCGCGAAAGACGUCGAGAUAAAAAAAGGAAGCUCCAUGAAACUGAAGAUUCAGAUGAUGUACCUGCUCAGUCAGAAUUAGCACAAAUUAUGGGCUUCUCCGGAUUUGGUGCUUCUAAAAAAUAGCUAUUAGGUAUUGACAUAAAACAAAAUUAUUGUUCUAUUCCUUGCAGUGUAUAAAUAGAAAGAUAUUGUAUUCUGUAGGUACAUCUCAAUAAAUAAUUUACUUGACAA